CUAAAUCUGAAUCUGAAUCUGAUAACCAUCUAUGCAUACGGAGUAAUAUACCUUAUCGUAGAAAAAUGUCUCCCUCGCCCUACACCAUCUCAGUCCCCGACUCCCACCUCCAAUCCCUCCACCAAAAACUCUCCACAGCCACCUUUCCCGAUGAACUCGACAAUGCCCAUUGGGACAUGGGCGUCCCUCUCGACGAGAUCAAACGACUAACGGCUUUCUGGCGUCAUGGCUUCGACUGGCGGAAAAAAGAACGCCAGCUGAACGAGCAAUUGGCCCAGUUUACCGUUCCUGUUUCGGUCUCUGGCUUUGGUCAGCUUGAUGUUCACUUUGUGCAUCAUCGGAGUCAAUCGCCUCGUGCUAUUCCUUUGCUUUUUAUCCAUGGCUGGCCCGGGAGUUUUCUAGAGGCAUCCAAACUCAUCCCAUUCCUCACUACUGGAGAUGAGAAGCAGCCGGCUUUUGAUGUGGUCGUGCCAUCUUUGCCCAACUUUGGUUUCUCUCAGGGUGUUAAGAAGAGAGGAUUCGGUCUAGCCCAAUAUGCAGAAGCAAUGCACGCCGUCAUGACAUCUCUAGGUUACGAAGAAUACACCAUCCAAGCCGGCGACUGGGGCAGCAUGAUCGCCCGCGUCAUGGGCCAAUUCUACCCCCAACACAUCAAAGCAGUCCACCUCAACUUCGUCCCCGUCCCGCCCCCUUAUCCCUGGAAACACCCCCUCAUCUUCCUCCAAUCCCUCCUGACCAUCCCCUUCUCACCCAAGAAUAAAGCCUACCUCUCCACUACCCGCGACUACAUGACCAAGGGCAACGCAUAUCUGCGUCAACAGGCAACUCGACCGCAGACGCUCGGGUACGCGCUGCACGACAGCCCCGUUGCCCUACUUGCGUGGAUCUACGACAAACUGCACGCCUGGACGGAUGACUAUCCCUGGACGGACGAGGAGAUUCUCACCUGGGUGAGUGUUUAUUUCUUUUCCGCCGCGGGGCCGGCGGCGUCGUUGAGGAUUUACUAUGAGGCGGAGAAUGGGGGGCAGGGUGAGGGGGGUUUGUCCACGGCGCAGGUGAUGGCGGGUUAUGUGCCUGAGAGUGUCAAGCUGGCCGUGGCGCAUUUCAGUGGGGAGAUUGUCAAGUUGCCCCUUUUGUGGUGCUCGUCUGUAGGGAAUGUGGUCAAGACGAGUGAACAUGAGGCCGGUGGCCAUUUUGCGGCGUGGGAGGUGCCGGAGCUACUAGCUGGGGAUUUGAGGAGUUUCUUUGGGAAGCAGGGCCAGGCAUAUAAUGCCGUAGCAGGGAAGGAUGGUUAUUAAGGGUUUAUACCAGGAUCAGUCCAGCAGGUCAAGUCACAUCCAAGUGACGUGCAUAUAUUGUCGACAUCUUAGAUGUAUCAUAGGAGCCCAUUCCGAUCAAUGUAAAUAUGCAAACGGAAAAUAGGAGGAGAAUCUAAUGACCCAUCACCUUUCUUUCUGUCCUCACUUUUUGUUCUGCCAAAUCAAUCGACAGGUGGAAGACCUCGU